AUGGCUGAAGACACGGGGUCCGGCUGCUUCCGGGCCCUCUUCGGGCAGGUCUCUGUGGAGCCAUAUCUGCAAGCGCGGAGCAUCCUUUGCCUGGCACGCUGCGCCCACUCGGAAUGGACUUACUGCUUGGAGCAGGUGAGGCAGCGAUGGAGACAGAAGGCGCCCUUCGUCUUAAUGACCCGACAGCAGCGAGCUGCCGUUCUCCGAUUUCUGCCGCUUCUGGAAUCCGCUCUCCUCUUCGAGAACUUCGACGAUCCCGAGAGUCUUUCGUUGGAAGACCUGGAGGUGGGUGCCGAGCGUUCGAUGUCCCACCGUGGUGUGGCCUUGGAGAAGAUGGGCGUUUCGGAGCUUCACCCAUUGAGCCUUUGGUGCGUCUCCCUCGGGUCUCCGGCACCUUCGGAGGACUGCUGUGGCUUCGGGGGUCUCGAGCGCCACUUUGCCGGGAUCGUAAGGCCUCAACUUCUGGCCUUUCGGGUGCGCUGCUGCUCCUGCCACCGUCGACUCAGGGCGGGCGGGAUCUUUUCACUGAUGGGCCUGGGUGCUGAACAGCCCCUGGAGUUGAUCAGUGUUUACUUCACCUACGACUCCACGGGGCGAACGAUUUUCGCGGGCAGCGGCGGCGCGGCAGAUGUUGCUCUUGGGCGCUGGAACGAUGGCGAGUGGUAUGAGGUGGUCCUGCAGUUGGACUGGAAGAAGCAGGAGAUCUUCCUGGAUUGA